AUGGACCUGGCCCCGGAGACGUUCGCGGCGGCCUUCCGCGCGCUCACCCAUCUCCGCGAGCGCCGGCUGCACGAGAGCUCCAUCUCGGACGAGACGCUCCGCCUGCUGCAUGGCCCGCAUGGGCUCUGUCUGCGGCUCACCAAGGUCGACUUCCGGUGGGGCGGGCAUCUGGGGGCAAGGCACUCGUCGAGCUCGUGCGGAGUCGGUUGCCCGACCGGAGCGAGUGUCGAGGUUGAGGCGACGUGGACGUGGAGGAGGCAACUCGCGAGAAGUGCUAAGCGCCUCUGCCACGACACGUCACGCGCGUUUGCUGGACUUCUCCUCUCGUCCGCCUCUACACUACUGUCCGUCCCCUCCUUCCCAUCUGCUUCGCCCUUGUUCCCGCCCGCUUCACCCUCGUUUUCCCGCCGCCAUCCACCAGUACGCACAGGCAGGCCGGUCCUCAAGAGACAGAACAUCUCAAUCGGCGAUUUGGACCACUGCACGGCCGAAGACCGCGCUGUACGCGACCGCAACGAGCUCCAGCGAUGCGCCAAGGGCAUCGCUGGAUGCUCGUGA